AUGAAGGGGAGGCGCCUCGACUGGGCCAUUACUGCGGCCAGCUGUCAAGCGUUUCUCCUUCUUGGAUACGACCAGGGUGUAAUGUCCGGGAUAAUUGGAGCAAAUAAUCAAUUCGGACAUGACUUCAAUAGCCCGGAUUCAUCGCUCCAGGGCACAAUUGUCUCCCUUUACGACAUUGGUUGCGCUCUGGGGUCUCUACUCUGCGUCGCUUUUGGGGAGCGAUUUGGUCGGAAAAGAGUAAUUUUUGCUGGAGGUUCAACCAUGAUCAUAGGUACGAUAAUUCUGGCAUCUUCGCAAUCCCUCGCCCAACUGCUAGUGGGUAGAAUUGUCACUGGUAUUGGCAAUGGCUUCAACAGUUCCACAGUACCAAUCUACCAGUCGGAGAUGGCGCGAGGUACUAAUCGGGGUAUGCUUUUGAGCAUGCAAGCAGUUGUCACUAUUGUUGGUGUCUGUAUAGCUUACUGGCUAGACUAUGGAAUGAGUUUCGUUAACGGUCCCUCUCAAUGGCGUUUUCCGAUGGCAUUCCAGGGCGUUUUUGCUACCUUGCUGGUCCUUCAGAUUUUACCGUUGCCGGAGACACCCCGAUAUCUGAUGGAGAACAAUAAAAACUUGGAGGCAGCCGAGGUCCUUGCAAGGCUACAGGGAGGUGAUGCUACUGUGGAUCAUCCAGAUGUCAUCUUCCAGUGUCAGCAGAUUGAGGCGUCCAUCGAGAUUGAGAGUUUGGGAGGACCCUUCCGUUAUUCCGAGCUUCUCCAGGGAGGCAAGCUCCAGAAUCUCCGGCGAAUUAUUCUUUGCUGCGCUGUCAAUCUCAUGCAGCAAUUCACCGGAGCUAACAUGAUUAAUUAUUAUGCUCCGGUGAUUUAUCAGAAUGCAAUGCAUCUCUCUCGAAAUACCUCCUUAAUUCUAGGUGGCUGUACCUCUCUCACUUACCUCGCUGCUUCCUUUAUCCCGCUCUGGACAGUAGAUCGCUAUGGCCGGCGGUUCCUUCUCAUGGUAUCGGCCGCUGGCCUCUGCUUAUGUUUCUCUUUGUGCUCUAUCCUUCUUUCGGUUGGAACCAAACCAGCAGCUAUUGGUGCUACGGCCAUGGUGUUUGUCUUCCAGAUUUUCCUCGGUAUUGGGUGGUUACCAAUUCCUUGGUUCUACCCUGCGGAGAUCUCGACCACACGAAUUCGCUCUCGAGGCCAAGCCCUUGGCUCUUUCAUCAAUUGGAUGUGUGUCUUCACUGUGGUUCAAAUCACACCUAUCGCAAUCGGCAACAUCUCCUGGCGUACAUUCAUCAUAUUCGCUGUCUUAAACGCUUGCUGGGUUCCCAUUGUUUACUGCUUCUUCCCGGAAACUAACCAGCUUGAGCUCGAGGAUGUUGAUCAUCUGUUCGAGAAGGGUGGCAUUACAGGAGGAGUGUUCAAGAGUCGAGGAAAGACAGUCGAGAGAAAUUAUCACACAACGCACCCGAACUUACAUGGUAUUGAAAAAGAUAUCGUCAGAGAGGAACAAUUAGAGUAA